CAACGCCCGGACCGUGGCGAGCGGCUGUUGACAAAAAYUAUUUAAUUAACUGGUGAUCUGAGAAAACGUUUAAAAGGAAAUGGAGCGACUCAAGCGCACUCAAGUUAAAGUUCGCCGUGACAGCGGGAUCCCUUACAAAGGAGGAACACCCGUAAGGUUGGCGACCCGGAGGCGAGAGAGAUAUAAGCGACUUCUGACCAGAAAAUGCUAUGACACAUUACCAGAAAGGAUAGAGGAAGAAGAAAUAAAUGAACCCAAACUCAAACCAGUGAGCCCUGUACGGGUUAGUGCUUCUGCGCCGCUUACUAAAAACAGACGAAGCCAACCAGCUUCAUGCGUCGCAUCGGUUGUUAAAGCGUCUGGCCAACAAAACGUGUCAGGAAAAGUUUCCCCAACAGUUACAGACCAACUCAUCCCAGAGGUUAAACGAUGUGGUGGGACUCCAGAGAGUGGGACGUCUUGCGUCAUGGAAGCAGAGUCAACUUUAAACUCAGAGGAGGACGAUGACGACGAUGAUAAUUACGACUCUGAUGACGACGAUGACUAUGAUGAGGCUGAUGCCUCAACAACCAUUAGCAACUCAUCCUCCCCAGAGAUCUUCAGAAAGGAAAGGAGUGUGGACACAAUGACUUUUCCCAGUAGGGAUGAUUUGCUUCAAGUGAAAAAUUCCACCUUGUUGGAAGACAGCCGUGCGGAGAAUAUUCACUCUCAUCAUCAACCCAACCUGUCUACCAUCAUCGAUGCUUCUUUGAGUUUAGCUGAGGAAAAGUGUGAGAUCAGCUACCACAAAACUCCUGAAGAUGAAGGAAAACUGAACAUAAGUGCAAGUCACUCAGAUCAAGCCUUUAAGAAGGAAACCUCUCCAAAACGCUCAGAGAGGAAGCCAAUUACCUUUAGGAAGAAAGUUAGGUUCAAAAGCCUUGAUGCAACUGAGAUUCAAAAUGAGAAAGAAAUCAAAUCCCCUGCAACGAGUGGAAAAAACACCAGCAGUUCCUCAAGACCUCUGCAGAAAAUAAAACCUGAUCCCAUGACCUCCAGAAGAAGUGAGACCAGCUUUAAAGCUCAACCAUUACCGCUGGCUGUGAAGAGGCCUGGAAGAACAUGCUCAGAAAAAGCAUCGUUCUUUCGCUUUGUGAAUGAUGACGAAACAAGAGCCUUUCUUCACAAAAUGAAAGAAACAUCUGUCAAACUUAGAAGUGCUGUUUUCUUUCCCUUCAAAUCAGGUGUGCAAACCAGUGAAUGAUACGGAGAUGAAUAGAUGUUGUGCAAAGCAGAUACAACCUUCAGUGUGUAAUAUUUAAAGGGAACAGGUAGAGGUUUCAAACUACAUGAUCCAAGUAAAAGUUUGACUUUCUUUAAAUAUUUUUCUUUGUAUUACACCUUACUUUAAUUUAACACCAUCUGUUCUAAUCAUUUUAUGUUUUUCUUUCUUUCUGACAAUUGUAAACGGUGUCUCAAACGCUAUAUUUUCAUUUUGUCUGCUGAUUUAAAUGCUUUGCUGAUACUUUUAAUUUUUGCUCAAAUACAUUUAAAAUGUACUUAMYAAAAAUGGCCACUAGAUGGCAGAUAUGUAUUUAAUAACCCUUGAUAAAUAUACAUAUAACAAUAACUUUCUAGUGUUAAAAGAAAAAAAUAUGUUUGUAUUUGUUGUGUUCUGUGUUUCUCUCUAUUUAUAUGUAUACUUUUGAUGUUUUGCGUUUUCAAUGGAUUUAGUUUAACUUAAAACAUAAUAAAAAUUAAAUGUGUAAUAUAUG